GUGGCGGCGGAGAGGCCCGGAAGAGUGGGGUGUGAAGAAGAAAGAGUUGCCAGGCCGGGCAUGGGGCGCGGCGGGGGCUGUGGUUUGCUGUAGCCCUAGGCUCGGUCUGCGAGAGCUUCCUUCUUUCUCCUGCCCCCGAGGAGAGCAGUCUGAGGAGGAGGAGGUGUCGGUGCAGCGACCUGCUUUUCUCUAUCUCCUAGCUGGGGUCGCGCGGGGCUUUCGCUUCCUAAGCUCUCGCAUCUCUGGGUUCCUGUUUAAGGGGGGGGGGGGGUUGUCCAAAAGCGGGAAUCUGAGUAGUUGCUCAAUUCUUCCCGUGCUCAGUUACAGGCUUCGGGCGGCACUUUCUGUAGAUUAAACCCAAUCGUCCUCUCUUCCGCCUUGAGAAACUUUGUGUGUGACCUUUGUUGCCGUUUUGCUUCCCUCCAAGACGAGGGUUAAGUGGUUUACAGCUUGUCUUUGCCUGCCAGGCCUCUGUCCUACCAUUUCUGAGGAAUUCUGGCUCCUUGUCCCCCUUUCUCUUCCUACCUUCCUCCCCUCUUCCCGCAGUGUCAAAACAUAAACACCUGCUGCUGCCGAGAGUAGUUUAACCUUUGUCUUCGGGAGUUUACAGUUUGCUGAGUUUUGCAUUUCAAAACAAGGUCCCGAUUACUGCGAGACUAUUUGGUACUCUCCCCCCACCCAUUCCCUCUUUCUGAAUGUGCCAUUUAAAAAAAAAGAAUCAUCUAUCUUUGUUUUAAUUUGGAUGAGAUGAAAGUGACAGUUUGUUUUGGCAAGACGGGGAUUGUAGUUCCCUGUAAAGAUGGACAAAUCCGGGUUAGAGAUUUAACCCACCAGGCUCUACAGAGGUACCUAAGAACCAAAGAAAAGAAUCCUUCACAUUGGGUGAAUGUUCACCAUCUGGAAUACACAGAUGGCGGAAUCCUGGAUCCAGAUGACAUCUUGGCAGAUGUUGUGGAAGAUAAAGAUAAGUUGAUUGCCAUGUAUGACGAACAAGAUGCAUUCCCCAAAUCUGAUGACACCAAUGGUAGUUUAACAGAAGGCAACAGCCCAGAUGCUUUUGAGACUGAUGUAGCUGCCCAGCUAGCAGUAUUUCAACCUAUUGGUGGAGAGAUAGAAGUGACAUCAUCUGCUCUGAAAUUAGGUACUCCACUUUUGGUUAGAAGGAGUAGUGAUCCAACUGUGGGACAGCCAGCUGAUUUUGUUCCAGGAACUUCACAUGCUAAUCACUAUAUUUUGAAGUCCUCUGUGUCAUGUUCAGCACAAUCAUCUUCAGAAGCCUGGGAUUUCACUACACAUAAUAAUAAUACACUGACUUCUCAGAAAACAAAACUUAAUUUCAGUGGUGUGACAAGAAUCGUAGAAAUAUCUGGGGAAGGAGGCCCACUGGGGAUACAUGUGGUACCAUACUUUUCAUCAUUAAGUGGAAGGAUUUUAGGACUCUUCAUCCGUGGUAUUGAGGAAAAUAGCCGGUCUAAGCGGGAUGGACUUUUCUAUGAAAAUGAAUGCAUUGUGAAAAUUAACAAUAUUCAACUUGCAGAUAAAACCUUUGCACAAGCACAAGACCUUUUCCGCCAAGCAAUGAAAUCUCAGAACAUCAUCCUGGAAGUUGUCCCUUCGUAUGGCCGUGAACAAUAUGAAAAGUCAGUCAUCGCACCAUUGUACUCCCCAAAUAAAGCUGAACAUAUUUCCAAAGGAAAGUUUCCAUUUGCAGCCUAUCCAAAGCUGAUGAUGAAAGAGACAGAUUUCUCUGAAGCAACUGAUUUAGAGACUAAUACACAUGCAUCUUCCAAGAGUCCUAUCUUCUCAAGAAUUAAUACGAAACCUCCAUCACCAUCCUUAUCCCCAUUGAUGGGGUUUGGCAGCAAGAAAAAUGCAAAGAAAAUAAGGGUUGAUCUCAAAAAAGGACCUGAAGGACUAGGUUUUACAGUGGUCACCAGGGACUCCUCCAUACACGGUCCUGGCCCUAUAUUUGUAAAGAAUAUUUUGCCUCGAGGUGCAGCAAUUAAAGAUGGCCGUUUGCAUUCAGGAGACAGAAUACUGGAGGUGAAUGGUAGAGAUAUCACUGGCAGAACUCAAGAAGAACUUGUAGCUACUCUAAGAAGCACAAAACAAGGAGAGAUUGUUUCCCUGGUCAUUGGUCGCCAGGAAGAAACCUUUCUGCCCCGAGAACUGAAAGGAGAACCAUGUUGCAACAUUUUUUCAUUCGAGGCAACAGAGCAAUUGACUUUUGAAAUUCCUUUGAAUGAUUCUGGUUCAGCUGGACUUGGCGUGAGCUUAAAAGGCAACAAAUCUCGAGAGACAGGGGCAGAUCUUGGAAUUUUCAUCAAAUCUAUCAUCCAUGGUGGUGCUGCAUAUAAGGAUGGGCGGUUACGAAUAAAUGACCAGCUUAUUGCAAUAAAUAGUGACUCUUUGCUUGGAAAAUCAAACCAUGAAGCCAUGGAGACUUUGAGGCGUUCUAUGUCUAUGGAAGGAAAUAUUCGUGGCAUGAUACAACUGGUAGUUCUCAGGAGGCCAGAAAGGCAAAUAGAAAUGGAAUGCAAAGAACCUGAUAUAUUAUUUCCAAAAGCAGAGGUUGAAGGAAAUAUUAAUUUCACAAGCACUCCUAAGCAAAGUGAUGCUGCUGUACAGUGUUUUGUUACAUAUUGCCCACCGGAGAAGUUAAGAGUGGCAGAUGAAAGUAAAGUUGUCUUAUUGACUGCUCAGAAAUUAGAAUCUCCUAGUAAGGAUAUUGGCCCCACCCUGGGAUUAAAAAAGUCGAGUUCCCUAGAAAGUCUCCAGACAGCUGUUGCUGAAGUAAAAAAGAAUGAGCUUCCAUUCUACAGGCCUAGGCCUCACAUGGUCCGUGGUAGAGGAUGUAACGAGAGUUUCAGAGCUGCCAUUGAUAAAUCCUAUGAUGGACCUGAUGACACGGCAGGAGAUGGUCUGUCAGAUAAGAGUUCCCUUUCUGGUCCAGAAGGUCAGAACUUUGCAAAAGCCUUUCACACAAAUUCUGAAUUAGAAGAUAUGGAAGGAAAGACAAAAAAACCCAAGAAGACCGAAGAAAAAUUGAAAACAAAGGAAAAAAAUAAAAAGCCUAAUCUCAAAAACAAAUUGAAAAUCAAUGAAAAGGACAAAAAAGAAGAGAAUGACAAUCCUGAAAGAAAAACAAAAAAGAAAAGCUUGGGUGCUAUGUUAAGGUAAAAAGUCUUUCUUAUAUUGUUUCCUGAUCUUAUAUUAAUUUGAACUUGAUUUAUUUGGCUUGAGGCUCCUCAGUGAGGUUGAGUAGAAGUCAAGCUCUAUAUCCAUUGAACAUUUACUAUAAAUGAACACUAUAUAUGCUAAUUUUGCAAAUACAUCAGUUAAAUUGCCUAUUGGAAAAGGAGAAUAUAUUUUUCAACAUAUACUUGCUAAUUAUUUUGUUGGCACCUAUGACCUAUUUUUCCUUUUUAAAAAAAAGCCUAGAGAGAUGUUAUAACAAAUAAACUAUUGAUUUUGGAGCAAGCAUAAUGAAAGCAGUGAGACUUGAUUGACACAAGUUUGAAUGAAAUCUUACUGGUUGUGGUUGGUUUGCUUUUAGGAUGAUUCAGACUUAUCUUUAAAGUGCUUAAGUAUCAUAGUGUUAUAAACCACACGAACUAAAUAUUGUUGAAUGAAAAGUAGAUACGUUCUUGUGUGGAGCUCUGUAUUUAUUGACUGCAUCACUGCAGCUUUCUUGGGAAAGUCAUGUAAAUGAUUUGUCAUUUGUCUUGUGGUACUUUUUUUUUUACUUCUUUAUCUGAGAAAAGGUAGGAAAGAAGAUCCUUCCAAACUCUUGCAGUUAAUAAAUGGGGCAGAGAAGCUCAGAAGUGAUUGUAGAUAAUAUUUGCCUAUGUUGAUGCUGGCAUCUUCUGCUUUCGGUAGUGCAUGUUUUGGAAGUCGCCUCUCAGCCUUCUAGAGAAGUUAUGAAAUGUUUGCUUUGCCAGAAUAUGGAUUUGCUGAAUGCUUUUAGAUGUUUCAUUUGACAUCAUUUUUAAGUUGAUGGAUAUUUUUUUCCUCUGGUACCUGCCUUAAAUGUUAGCCAUUCAGCACCUUUUCAUGAAUUCUUGAGCUUUAUUUCUGAAUGGCCUGUAUGGGUAAACAUGUAUGGCCUGUAAACAUGCCUUUGAAAACAAAGGAAAAUUGUUCUCAGCCUCUGAAAGAACCCCUCAAAAGUGCAGUGAUGUCUGUUCUGUUCUCCAGAUGAAUAUAUAAAAACAUUAGAUAUAUUGUUACUGUUUUUUCAAAUCUUAAAGAUACCAUUUUGUGUUCAUGUCUUAUUUCAUUUCAUUCUUCAAAUUAAAGAGAAGUACUGAACAAAUUUGUCUUCCAUAUCUUGCAAGAACAACAAACUCCUUCAUCAGACUCUCAGGCAAUUAAAUUUGAUUUGACAUAAGAAGGCACUUUACUGGUGAUAAAGUUUCAUGUCAUUUGCCUCCGUAGGUUAUUCAGAAUGCUAAAAUAUAACUAUUUAGUUGAUAAAUAUUUAGAGUUACCAAGCUAUAUUAAGUUUUUCAGAUUAAAGCAGUGGUGGUUAUAUACCUGCAGGCCUCAGAUGCUGUCCUGAAGAUUAUCUCUUCUAUCACAAUUAUAUCUUCAAGAAAAAUAUAUGCAUAUCAUGUUAAGGGAACUAUAGAAAUUGCAUGUUUAUGUAGAAGACCAGGUACUUUUCUCUUUAAGGGUUUUUGAUACCAAUGAACUUUUGGUUUCAUUUAUCAUUUUCUUCAUGCUUGCUAAGUGUUGCACACGUCUUACUUGUUCAUAAAAAUGGCAUAUUCUUGAGUUAGCUGGAUUGGA